CUGCCAAAAAAAAAAAAAAGAAAAGAAAAGAAAGACACACACAAUAAAGAAAGGAAUCGAAUAAUUCCGGUGGAGAGCUGAUGAUUGUUCUGAGAGCAUUGUCAGUAUUUUUUAUUUAUUUUUUUUUUAGUAGGAGUGAACAAUAAAAUGAAAAUGACGCCGACGAGCCAGGAGAAAGUGAUUUUAAACGCGGGUUUGUUUUCACUUUGGCGGCGGUCGAGUUCGUUCCGCGGAGGGGAAAGCGAGUCCAUGUCGGGUUUUCGCCGCCUUUUCCCUCAAAUUAACUUUAAUCGUAAAAAUAUAUAAAGCAGCUCCGCGCGGGCUCUCUCCCCGCAUACACACGCGCGAGCCAAUCAGACGCGACAAAGCAUCCUGCACGAGGGGAGCGCGCAGAGCGAGAGCUGAGCGGAGCGCAGCGCGAGGCAGUUCCAACCGCUGUCAGUCAUUAGCCGGGAGAGGGAGAAGGGUGAGAGACACAGGGGGAGACAGAGGAGAGAGAGAGAGAGAGAGAGAGAGAGAGAGUCCCGGUUCAGACAGACACGUCGGCUCCGAGGUGAGAGAGAGGGAGAGACUGACAGGCGACACCGACGAGCAGAAGAGCCGAAGCGUCGACAUGAGCGGUCAGUUCGAGGAAGAUAUCCACGACCGGGGCGAGAGGAAGAGCAGUAAAUCCCCGACGCUGCUCUCCUCUUACUGCAUAGACAGCAUUCUGGGCCGCCGGAGUCCCUGUAAGGUCAGACUGAUAGGGGCUCAAAGUUUGACGGGUCUGCCCGGCAGAGGGGAGCACGACAAGACGGCGGACAGGCACACGAAAGACCCGCUUUCUCUUAGCGCCGACAUGCACCUGCCACCCAAGCUCCGCCGGCUGUACGGCCCCGGGGGGAAGUACCUCCACGACCACGCAGAGACGCUGGAGCGGGAGCGGCUCCUCCUGGAGCAAGCCAGCGACAGCCUCAAGAUCAGCCAGGCGCCGCAGGUGAGCAUCAGCCGCAGCAAGAGCUACCGGGAGAACGCGUCGCUGAGCCGGGGGGAGGGCGACCAGAGCCCCGGGGAGGGCUCGGAGGACGGCAGCCUGGGGCUGGUGGACCUUGGCCCGUUGAAGUUCGAGGAGGACGCCGGGAAGGAGGAGAGCUGCGGGGACGCGGCCGCUCUGUCCCCGAAGGACGAGGAGAGGGAGAGCUUGAACGCCGGGGAUGGGGACGUGAGGGACGGGGAGGACAGCGUGUGUCUGUCGGCGGGCAGUGACUCGGAGGAGGGGAUGCUGAAACGGAAGCAGAGACGGUACAGGACUACGUUCACCAGUUACCAGCUGGAGGAGCUGGAGAGGGCCUUCCAGAAGACACACUACCCCGACGUGUUCACCCGAGAGGAGCUCGCAAUGCGUCUGGAUCUCACCGAGGCCCGUGUUCAAGUGUGGUUUCAGAACCGCAGAGCCAAGUGGAGGAAGCGCGAGAAGGCCGGGGUGCAGGCCCACCCAUCAGGCCUGCCGUUCCCAGGCCCCCUGGCGGCAGGCCACCCUCUCAGCCACUACCUGGAGGGAGGGCCCUUCCCUCACCACCCCCACCCAGCCCUCGAGUCUGCAUGGACAGCAGCCGCAGCUGCAGCCGCUGCCUUCCCAGGCCUGGCCCCUCCACCACACAACGGCGCAGCUCCGCCCCUGGCCACCCCGCUCGGUUUGGGCACUUUCCUGGGCACGGCCGCCAUGUUUCGUCACCCUGCCUUCAUCGGACCCACUUUCGGCAGACUCUUCUCCAGUAUGGGUCCCCUGACCAGUGCUUCCACCGCCGCGGCCCUCCUCCGUCAGCCCGCCCCUCCUGUAGAGAACCCCUCCCAUGCGGGCCCCGUCCUCCCCGACCCAUCCUCUUCAUCAACCUCCUCCUCUGCCUCGGCAGACCGCAGGGCCUCCAGUAUCGCAGCGCUGCGCCUCAAGGCCAAGGAACACUCGGCUCAGCUCACCCAGCUUAACAUCCUGCCUGCCGGAGCCACAGGGAAGGAGGUGUGCUGAACACUCAACACCAGCUCUAGGCCUCCCCCGUCCCCGGGCUUACGUCCCAUUCCAUGACACCCCCCCACCACCACCAUCCCCUGUUCCUCCCCCUCAAAAACCCAUUCAUACCUCUGGAGGCUGAUGUCCUGAUGUCCCCCUUGUUCAAGCGUCACUGUUACCUCAUGUUUCCCCAACAAAAUAGCACGACCAAAUUCAAAAGAGCACCGGCUACAAAAAGUGUGUGUGUGUUUGUGCAUGUGUGUGUGCGUGUGUGUGUACCUGGUAAUUACAGUUACUGUAACAUUGUUUUACACUCCAUACACACAUCUGAACGACAGUCCAGGAAUAGUUUCUUUUCACUUAAAGGGGCACUCUGUAGUUUUGGAAAGAAAUUCAAUCUCAGAAUUGUAAUAUUUACAAUAUUAAUGAGGUAAUAAUCCAAACCCAGACAUAUUUAUUUUUUAUAUAUUUGAAUAAACAAGC